UCCUCAUUAAAAUUCUGAGCAACGUCUCUAAGUUCUUUAUAGAAUAUGGACCAGAAAUUGUUUGAAUUUCUACAAGAGAAGGCUAAUAAGGAGCAUCAUCAACAGAAAAAUAUUGAAAUUUCGAUAAAUAAUAGCUUAGAAGACAAUAUUUCUGAUUUCAAAGAGGCUUACCAGAACAUCAAGCUUGACUUGGUAAAACUGUACAUGGAUGUAAAGAUCAGAAAUGUGAACCAUGAUCAUUCCGGAACUGGAUUCGACGAUGAUCAAUUAAAAUAAUGAAUGCUUAGAGCUAUACGAUAUGGACUCCGCACUCAUAAUAUCCUAUAUCAAGCAGAGCAUUGAAAUCCUACUCAUGAUGAAGGACGAGGAGUAUGAAGACGUCAUCUCAAAGGAGAGAAAGAAAUAACCAGAAAUUGACUUCUAUUUUGGAAAGGAAAAAGAGUCCCAGGCCACCUGAACAAAAUUUUAUCCAGAUGAUUAAAAAUAAAAUUUUAGAGAAUAAGAGGUUCCGGUUCGAUAAGGAAUACCUAGAUAUUUCUACCUUUAAUGACUACUCCCAGAUUAGCACUUCUAUUGACAAUCCAAGUCUGGGACGACAUAAAGACAACACCAAGAAGUUCGUCCUAGAGUGUGAAGACACUCCUUCGGGUAAUAACGCUGUGCAAGGAGAUCAAAACUUGAAGUUCUCGAUUGACCCUCCAAUAGUGUACGAAGAAAUCAUUCAGAAGUAUGAAGCUGAUGUCAGGAUGCACCUGAGACACCAAAAUUUCUUAAAACUUCAUAUUGAUUCAUUACAGCAUAAUUUAGAGGUAUCUGCCAGAGACAUCAAAGCUCUCAAGUCAUCUCUCGAAGAGACUAAAGAGAUUAAGGAGAAGAGUGAGAAGCUCCAUCAUAAAGAAAUGGCAGAAUCCAAGUCUAACCAGGAUAAAUUAGAGAAACAGGUUCAAAAUUUGAAGGAGAAGAUUAAGGAACUGGAUACUAAAUUAUCAACAAGAAAUGCUCAUCCAACUCAGACAAUGGAUAAGAGAGAUCCUUUAUUUAUUACCUUGAAUUCGCAGCCAGGAGGCCAACUAUCCCAGAACAAAUAUGUAUUUCCAAGCAACAACCGGUCGAACAAAGAGCUGAAUUUUUCUCCAGAUAUGAAGCAAAAGAAGAAAUUAACCAAGUUGAAGCCAUCUAUGAUCGUCAGUGAUAAGCACAUCAAUUCUAAAAAGUCACCAUUUCACAAGUCAAAGAGGAGCAACAGCAAAGGAAAGAAGAAGGAAAGACCGGAAGGGUUCAAAAUGGAUGAUUUCUUAUGAAAGACUGAAAUGGCUAAUAUGUCGAACCAGAUGAACGCUAUGGGGCAUAUAAAUCUUACCAGAGGAAUGAGUCUAUCCAAGCUACUCAAGGACCAAUCUAAGAACAAGUCUGGGUCUUCAAGAGCCAAUAUGGCUGUGAAUAAGAACUUACAUAUGAAAUCUUCGAUCUCGAGAAAGUUACUCAAGGCAUUUAGGUCUUCAAAGAAUAGGAAGAAAUCUAAGGAAAAGAUAGAGAGUAAGAGGCUCAGCAUGCAAUUUUCAGAUUUGCCCAGGAAGUUCUCUAACGAAGGCCCUGGCAACAGUUCUAUCCCUGAAUACUUCCGCACCCAGAUGAUGACUCAGAGGGAUAGGAGCAACAGCAAACAAAAGCCUAGUAGUUCUAGGAAGAAGAAAAGAAAAUAGGUUUUAGGUCUUAAAUUAAGUUUCAAAC